CUGUAACAGACGACCCUCUCUAUACCUAGUAACCUUUGGCCUACCUUCAUUCUGACAUAUGUUGGAACCUUCUAUAUCAGUCUACACAUUUGUCGCUUGGAACCUAGUACUCGGAUUCGAUUUUCAUGAGAUAGGAAACAACUGUGACAUAUUUCGUACGACGGCAGGUGAAAGAUGAAUGGCGCACAGAAUUGGCAAGGAAAGAGAUGCAACUGUCAUUACAUGAGGCUGGAUUGAAACUCCGGUAUGCUAUAGCCCCAUCAGCAGCUGACUAGCGACCUCAUCACAAUCAACCAUGGAAGGGGUAAUUUCGACAGCCUCUUGGGUGGAUGGACGAUUCAUGGAGCGCGAAGUCGACAUUGAGACUAUACUUUCAGGGAACUCAACUCAGGGGGGAGUCAAAUUAGAAUUCAACAAGCCGCCAAAAGUCGGCUUACUCACACAGACGGUAAUAGAUAGCCCAAACAGCAAUUGGAUAUUGCCAGCAAGGUUGGGGAACGUCGAAGACCAUGAUGUCGUAUUCAUCGGGGAUAAUUUACUCCAAGUCAAGAGGCUGGUAAAAUCAGCACAACUAUCUGAAGUAGGCCGGGUUGCCAAUUUAGGAUCUCGCAUCCGUAAUGCACGAGUUUUGGGCUCUAUAAAAUGGAGCCCCUCGGCUCCGAAGCAGGAUGGCAGUAUCGGGGAAUUCUCGAGGAAACCAAAACCCGGAGCCUCCAACGAAUACAGCGAACCCGAAGAAGGGGGCCAAAGGGUGGGAUUACAUGGCGAGCUAAAUGUUGACUCAAGCAGCCAUGGUGAAUCCGAUUCCUCUAUGAGUUGUGAUGAUUCAUCUCUAGUCGCUGAUGACUCUUCAGACCUCUGCAUGUUUGAACCCGAUAAUCGAGGGAAUUAUCGUCUCGGACCCCAAAUGAUUGUUUUUGUUUUGGAGGCUGGAGACUUGAUGUUUCUUUGCUCGCCCGACUUUGGGCCUGAUGCACUCAUCCAACCAAUUCUGAGUCGGCACAAUAUAGCAAAACCAUUACUUGGUGAGAACCUUGGCGCUCAUCUAACAGCUGAUCCAAGCUCGAGAUACCUAGCUCUUGGUUGCUCUGAAAACGUCAUUUCGAUCUACUCUCUCAAGUCUCGUGAAGAAAUGGAGGCUCAAUAUAUAUCUGGACAACCACUGUCUUGCAUAAGAGAGGAGCGGUCGCUCCAAGUGAAGGGUGUCAUUUUGAAGAUUGAGUUUUUAUUUCCUUCAUUCAAGGACCCGGACCAUAUCAUCCUCCUACUUCUCAUAUCUCGCAAUGGCAAAACGAGAAUGCACGUAUAUGAGUGGAUUUGUGGACAAACUUUGAGUGCUAUACGGCAGAACUAUAAGAAGGGCCACUUGCUUAACGAAUGCUAUCGCACACCGAUUUUAUUGAUACCUUUGACUAUCAAGUCUGCAUUUGUUCUUGUCUGUGAGGAGAGUGUGGCAGUUUGUGAAGGGUUGCUGGAGGGAAGUCCACAAUGUCAUCAAAGCUAUCUUGGCCACGAUGAGCCUAGCCCUAUUCACAAAGGACGGAAUGCCCCCCUUUGGACUUCAUGGACAAGACCAGUCCGCACCCAAAAAUACGCUGCAACUAAUGAUGAUAUCUAUAUUGCAAGAGAAGAUGGCUUGGUUAAAUAUUUGGAAAGCAACUUUGAUGAAUUUUUGUGCACUGGAAUGAAUAUCGGGGCAAUCACUUGCAACAUCGGCACAGCGUUCACUAGUCUUGAUUCGAAAUUUCCCGGACCAGACGGUGUUAUUGGUGAUAUUCUCGUGGUUGGCGGAGAUUCGUGCCCGGGCGGCUUGUAUUGGGUACAAGCAAGACAGCCAGCCAGACUUCUUGCAACUCUUCAGAAUUGGAUUCCAUUGAAUGAUUUUGUGACAAUCCCCAGCAGCCAAUCGCUGCUUUCUCUAGAGCAACAUCCACAUUCGAAGGCAAGUCAUCAAACAUUUUCGAACCCAGAGCAGAUAUUUGGAUGUACAGGAAGAGGCCCCUAUGGAACCGUCUCAAAAAUCAAUCGUGGUAUUGGUGCUGAGAUUUGGAUGGAGCUUGACGAACUGAACAGUGUGGUUACUGGCGCCUGGACUCUCCCCUGGCUCCCAGCAGCAUCUUCGCAAAAAGACCAGUUUCUUUCUAGCUCCUUGCUGCUCUUGUUGUCAGCUGGCAAUGAAUCGAUGUUGCUUAUGCUAGAGAACCAUGGCAGCGGAAUAACAGGAGUGGCCGAGGUUGAUUCAACCUGGCUUGACCUACGUUCGCGUACAUUUGAUGCUUCUUCGGCAAGGGGCUUCGUUACUCAGAUUACAGAACGUUAUAUCCGAAUAUCCAACAAGCCGGCCAACUCCUCAACCACAGCCUACUCAAAAGCAUUCAAGCCUGAUGAACUUGUUAUAGCGGCUUCCAUUUAUCAGAACGAACUAGUCUGUAUUGCUUUUCAGACAGAAAACGGUGGAUUUCGCAUCGAUGCGUUUAGGGUUGCAACAUUCGAGCCAUUUGGGACACAGACCAAUUUAUCCGAUAACCCACCUUUGAUUAAGAUAGGAUCAUCCCUUUCCGUUGGCUCUUAUAUUACAUUUCUGUCAUUUGCAGAGAAGGCGGAAUUUGUAGCCAUAGGGCGUGGUCCGAUCAAUGCCCAUGGAGACCACGACUUGUCACACUAUUCGAACGCCCCGAACGACGUAGGCACUUUAGGUGUUUACCAGUUUGAUACCUCCCUCGGUAUUAUACAGGAUGGACGAUCUGAAUUUAUUCUUUCUAACUUACAUGAAACAAGCCCUGCCCCAAUAGAUUCAUGUGUAAGCAUUCUUAUGCUCUCUCGGUUAGAAAAUAGUCUUGAUUCAAUGUCACCAACGGAUCAAUAUGGGCUGCUGCUUGCUGGCCAUGGGAAUGGAGUUCUGUUAAUGGCAUACUACGUUAGAUCUUCCGAUGGGAAAUUCCAACAACGGAUGGCCACAUCUCGACAAUUGGGAACAACAAAUCUGAAUAUUUGCAAAGAUCCAGCAUUUUCAGCAGCUGCUCUACUUUGCUGCGGAUCCGAGCUAUAUCGAAUCGUUUAUAAUGGAUAUUCAAACUCAUUUCCGUCAAUUACUAGGAUAUUAUUCAAAGAUGUGGGAAUUUCAAUAUAUCAUCAACCAUCGAUUGACUUUGUGUGCCAACUUGACAAAGGAUUCCUAGCAAUUUCGGGAAAACAGAUAUUAGGGAUUGAAAUAGGCAACGAAAUUACCGGUAUUUCAAAUAGCAUUGAGCUGCCAGGGUCUGCCCAACGGAUAUUGUAUUGCCAAACUACAGAAUCUCUUGUUGUCGGUGCUACUAUGGAUGGCCGACCAGCGAUUGUGUUCCUUGGGAAAGAGGCAGCGGCAACGGAUAUCAUAUCCCUGAAGCAUGUGCAGUCCCCUCGCCAUACUGAUCGGGUUCUAUCUUUAACACAAUGGUGGCUGAACAUUCCAAGCGAUUUAUCCGUCAAGGAAGAAUUUAUAGUAUCUGGCACCAGCUCAGGGGGCAUAUUCAUACUUCGCCAAGACCAUCAUUUGAAGAAAUCGGAAUCGAAGAAGUCCAAAGCAACGGGAUUUCGCAUAUUCAUAGAACAGCGAUUUGACCACCCGAUACACGCACUUCUUCAAGGCGGGGCUAAUGGCGAAAUUCUUUUUUGCUGCACUGGGGAGUCCUUGCACUCAAUGGCAAUAAACGUCAACGAAGAGACAUUAGUCUCUCUGGCCCAGUAUCAGCUGCCAUCUCAUGCCGUCUCCAUGACCUGGGACAGCCAAUACUUGAGUGUGCUGACAGCAAAAGAUUCCACUAUGACCUUACUGUACAAAGAUAACGGGAAAUUCCAACUCCAAUAUGUGGACGAAGACUCCCGUGCAGGAUUAGAUCAUAUGUUCUUCCCCCUCGAAGGCGAUACGCAGCCUGGGACUGAUUCAGCGGUAUUACUGGCUUCCGAUAAAGACUGCUCGGUGGUGGGCCUUCAUUACCAACGAAACACGUCCACCGGCCAAACAAUUCCACGAGAAUACACGACUCUCUUCGACGCGGAGAUGCCCUCGUGCAUAACAAAAUUCCGGCUUGCAUCCACGCGUCAUAACUGGGAUACAAGCCAGAACGAGACGGCUGUUUCAGGGGUCAUUCCAUGGGGAGAGCACCGGGAAGGCCUCCUCGGUAUCAGCAUUGACGGCUCAGUUAGAAGAUUCACUUUGGUGGAUGAAUCGCUCCUGAAACUUCUGGGGAUUAUCGAGCAUAUUGCUCGCCAAGAUCCAAAAAUCUGUCCCGCAUAUUUCCAAGAAGACGAAGAAGGUGGAGUUGUGCUUCCACCUGAUCAAGAAGAUACGAGGGAAAGGCACAUCGAUGGCGAUAUUUUGAAGGGAUGGCUUACAUUCCGUCAUUUAGGGGAGUUCCUCACUAAAACUACGUCUACAAAGCAAGAGUCCACCAAAACUUCAGCUGAAGCUCUUGUGAGUGCGGUGGCGCUCCACUGGCCGGAUAAAAACUUUGAGUUGCAAGACGAUGAGCGGCUGAUAACGAGUGUGGAGAUGGUUUAUCAGCUUCUUGAGCAACUCCUUGGACCGCUGGAUGUAGUAGAGUGAUUUAAUGAAUGAAUAUCUGCCAUCGCCAAGCGUGAGAAAGUCGAUUCAAAGUGCAUUCAUUAAUUCUGAUAUUUUCAAAUUGAAAGUUAUUAAAAGUUAGUCACAGUAUACUACAUAACCUUAUAGUACAAAGAGGGUUAAUCGUAGA